AUGCUUAUAUUAACCUGGUGGAUGUUCUUUCCUAUGAUAUCUGGCUACUACAUAUCACAGCUUUUCAGUUGUGGUAUAAGUGAAAGGCUCAUCUGUUUCUGCGUCAAAUUCAACGGAUUAUUCGUUGUAUUAACUCAUCCAGUCGCCAUGAAAGCUUCCCCGACGGUAAUUACACGUUACAGUCUGCGUCUCGUGGCUUUGUUUGUGAUGUACUGUGCCAUUUUGGUUCACCUCUCUGCCACGAAUGAAAUUCGGUCCGAGCAAAGUCAAAGAGAACAAAUUGUCGACCGAGUGUUUGACGAUGGCGCUAAAAUUGGCGAUGGUGAAAAACGUACCUUGUUGCAUCGUCAGCGCAAAUCAGCUAAAAAUAAUGUGAUGGCCAGUCUGUCGGAGGUACAAAAAAGGCUAAGAGCCAUAGAAGAAAGGUAAGCUCUUCGUUUGCCGUUUUUGUUUUUCAAUUUAUCAGAGCGGUGAUACUUUUUGACUGGAACACUAGUUUUUAUGCAACUGAGAUUCUUUGCGAAAUUACUGUGCAAUCUUAUCAACUGUAACUGCUCAUAUUCGGAAAAAUUCUCACCCUCGUAAAGUUUUCGAGAAAAUAUACUGAGGCCAUUGUAAAUUUAAAAAAGGCUUUAGUAGCCCUAGGAUGACACCGAACAGAUAUAAAUUUAUUAGCACCGCUUAGAAUAAAAUGUCAAGAGAUGUAAAAGUAAUCUCUAUAUAUAGUCUAAAAAGCGUUUUCAAUGUAUUUUUAGAAGAAACCCCUUAGUUGGGUGCCCCUGAAUUAUCACGCCGGCCACCAGCAGCUAUUAAUUCUCGCAUAUAUAUUAUAGUUAGUGGAAAAAGUUGUCUAUUUUCAAGAGAUGGUCUAAAACACAAGCUAAGGCGUGUGAUCUAUGGAGACAUCGAAACUUGGAAAAAUUAGCAACUUUCAAAAACAGUCUAAACUGAGUAAAAUGGAAGAGCCAUAAAGAAAAAUAUCAUCACCGAAUGGAUCUAUAAGGGCUGAUGAAGAAGGCGUAUACCAGGCAAAACACAAAGAAUCGAAAAAAGUAAUAGCCCAAAAAAGAGGCCUUUUCGAAAAGGAAGCUUGUUUCAAUAAUCUCUCCGUAUCUUUAGUCCAUUGAACACAGUGAAAUUUUCUAGCAGGGUUUUUAGCUAAAAUUUAACAACUGAAAUGGCAUUAACUUCAAAGGACCGCAAGCGAAUAUUUCGCAGGACGUAGGAUCUAAAGGAAAUCUGAUAAGCAAAAAUAUACCAAAAGAACAUAAAUCUGCAAAGCUGAUCGUGUUAAGUUGAUAUAAACUUUGGAAGACAUUAACACGACACCGAUAGAAAACUAAACAGGGCAGGCUUGUAGCUGAUAAUUAACCACCAAUCCGCGAUCAUUUAUCAGUUUCCAGGGGUGAUUAGGUUAUCUCUCCCUCCCUCCCUCCCCCCAUCCAUCCAUCCAUCGUAUCCAUCAAUUCAUUCAUUCAUUCAUUCAUUCAUUCAUUCAUUCAUUCAUUCAUUCCUUCCUUCCUUCCUUCCUUCCUUCCUUCCUUCCUUCCUUCCUUCCUUCAUUCAUUCAUUCAUCCAACUAUCCAUCCAUCCUAUCAAUUCAUUUAACCGCCGCCCGGUUAGCUCAGUUGGGAGAGCGCCGGUCUGCUGAGCGGGAGGUCGCGAGUUCGAAUCCUGGCCUGACCAACACUCAGGGUCUUAAAAAUAACUGAGGAGAAAGUGCUGUCUUUGUAAUGACAUCUGCAAAUGAUUAGACUUUCAAGUCUUCUCGGAUAAGGACGAUAAACCGGAGGUCCCGUCUCGCAAACCUUGUUCACAUAUAACUCUGUGGGACGUUAAAGAACCCACACACUAUUCGAAAAGAGUAGGGGACGUAGUUCCCGGUGUUGUGGUCUAUCUUCAUCACUUACAUCAUCACUCAUCAUGGGUUGGGAGGGUUCAGUGGGCUCAUAAAUGGACUGAUAGCGGCUGCCAUCGGCGCCCUUAGUAUGCUGAUGUCCGAGCCCACUGCAGAAAGCUAUGUAAAGAGGACAUGUAUGUUUGUCCUCUCAAUCGCGACAUUUACAUUUACAUUUACAUUCAUUCAUUCAUUCGUUCGUUCGUUCGUUCGUUCGUUUAUCCGUCCAUUCCUAAUCCUUUACCAUUUCCUUCCUUUUCCUUUAUUUUCAUCUCUCCGUAGGUUUAUUUUUCUCGUUAUCCGUUGUGACGUUCGUUUCAUUAUAGGUUCAUCGUCGAAUCUCAAUGACAUUUAUUUUGCUUUAUUCCUGACCGAUCCAAGGCUAAGUAAGAAUUAAAUUACGACUAAAGGAUGACUGCUAGUCUGUAACAGUUGGGAUUUUAUAGCUGAUAGCGAUGCGUGUCAGAGGUAAUGUAAAUAUAAUUAUUAUUUAACGCUUGUGUUCGAACAGUGCCUUUUUUUUAUUUUGAGUUUUUUCUUUUCUUGACAGACACAAUAAAAGUGCAAGCUUGAUGGAGAAGAGACUUCAAGAAAUGGAAAAGCGGUUUAUAAAACGGUGCGUAUACUGUUAGUGAAUUAAUAAAUCAAUUAUCCAUGGAAACUUCACAGUUUCUUGUUAGUCUUUGGUUAUACAUGUAGUAUAACUUUGCGAUUUAACAAUGAAUUUAUCUUUCUACAGACUCGACGCAUUGGUGCAAACACCGCACUCAAGUGACUCGUCACUAUUGUCCUACCUACUUGGUUUGUACACUAUUGUUAAAAAAGGAAUGGCCAAACUGACUAGCCAAUUGAUCGUGUAACAGAGCACAACCAAAUGCUGCCCAAACUAAAAAUUGGGCUGACAGCCUUUGGCGAAAAAAACAAACAAAACAAACAAACGAACGAACGAACUAACUAACGAACCACAAAAGAGAAAACAAAAACAAACAAACAACAUCGAAAGACGAUUCCCAGUUCUCUCACAAUUAUAAGGUCUAUUACUUUAAGAAAAUUUGGUUUCAUUUUUCAAUGUUGGAUAUGGUGAAUUCGGAUUUUUAGACCAUCCAUUAAGCCCCCUUUAUUUAAUAAAAUGACGCAAUGUAACGCCUAAAUAUCUCUGGCUAUUGUUAUUUAAUUUGAACAUACAUGUUGUAUCUCUUAAAUUUAUACGUGCUUCAGUGCGAGAUGGCCGCAAUAACGGACAACAAUCAAUGGGGCCACCCGGACCCCCAGGGAAACCAGGAGUAAGAGGUAAGCAAGAUUUGUCUACUGCUUUAUGUCGGCGUUACCAGUUGUCUACUUUUUGUAAGGUAUAGGGCUGCCUCAUAGAAAAUAUCUAAAAGCUAAUUCAACUAGGAGGGCAUUAAACUAAUGGACUAUUUCAAAUUAUAAAUGAGGUUGUUAAAUGGAGGUGCACAUUCUAAUACAGCUGUACUAGCUCUCUUAGUUAUAGUUCUGCCAGUAAGAAGGAAGUAAGGUGAGAAAGCUUACCUCACCUUCACACUUAUAUCAUCAAAUUAGUCCGUGAUAAACUCAAGUUAAUGUCUAAUGUUUAGCUUUUGUAAUGAGCCUCUCAGCUUUUGUUGAUAUUAUUCUUCUGAUCUUAACUAAUCAAAAUGCAAACUUUCACUGAAGUAUUCCCACAUGAUAGACACGGUCAUAGGAAUAAAUAUUAUUGUUAAUAAUUGUCGUAAUUGUGUCCCUCUAUAGGUCCUAAAGGGGAUAAGGGAGCUGAGGGAGUUAAAGGCGAUAAAGGACAAGCUGCCAGUUCUGGGGUGAAGUAUGUUCGCUGGGGAAAGACCUCAUGCCCUAAUGGUGCUCAGAUUGUCUAUAAAGGUACAAAAAGGGGAUGACUUUGUCCUUCAUUUAAUUCAUGUAUCCAACAAAAGCAAAAUCAAAGUAACAAGGAAACAUAAACAAAUUGAUGACAAUAUCUCGUCAUUUUCUUUACUCUAACAACGGGACGGAGAUAGCAUGUUCAAGGAUUUUAUGAAUCCCUCAUACCUCUAAUUAUAAUUCAAGUUUUAAUUUUGAAGCUUAUAUAGCACACCAUAUGGUAGCCUUUUAGGGCCAAAGGUACAUUGCCCAACAAAGCUAUUAAGUUCUACCCCAAGUUAAUGCGUUUUUCAGAACAUUAACAGGAAGAUGGUUCGCAACACUGUUACUUACAAGUUUGAACGCAUUGUUCUUCAUGACUGGAAUUUCUAAAUUCACAUGUUAUUCACUUAACGUCAUAAUGGAUGUUUUCAGAGUUUUUAGGUGAAUGAAGUCGGCGUAUCCCUAACUUUUCUGCUUAUUAGGUAUCAUGGGUGGAGAGUAUUACAAUCACCCUGGAGGUGGAGUGAAUUACCUUUGCCUUCCAAAGACUCCAAAGUACGACAGGUACAAAGAUGGUCACCAGGGUGGCGGAUACGUAUACGGCGCUGAGUACGAACUCUCGUUUAACCCAUUCAAGAAAAGUCUUAACGAACACGAUCCACCUUGCGUUGUCUGCUUUGUCAAGUCACGUGGUUCGAUGCUGAUGAUGCCUGCAAGGAACGAUUGCCCCACUGGAUGGACCGAGGAAUAUCAUGGGUACCUGAUGAGUGCAUAUUAUGGCCACAAGAAGCAAAGUGAUUUCAUCUGCGUUGACAAAGACGCUGAGUCUAUCCCUGGCAGCCAGGCGAACAAGAAUGGUGCAUUACUCUACCUUGUGGAAGGACAGUGUGGCAGCUUACCGUGUGGUCCAUAUGUCAGUGGUCGAGAGUUGACUUGUGCUGUGUGCACAAAGUGAAAGAAAGAAUGUUUUUUCUACUGUGGGUUUCAAGGGGCAAAA